AUGCCAGAAAGCACAAAUCGCCAGCCUAGUCAGCAUCUGUCGGCAUUCGUCCUGGGGAUUUUCACUUCCGCCAAAAUUCUUGCCACAAUUGUUCGAAUCAGUUUUCCUCAAUUUCUGUUGGAUCUCUACAAUCAUCCCAAGGGAAAAAAGGCCGCAUUGAUCGGAUUCUAUUUCUUCCACAAGCCUUGUCUCAUUAUUCGUGAUCCUGAGCUCAUUAAGAGGAUUGUGGUGAAGGAUUUUCCCCAAUUCAUGAACCGACGUAUGGCUUCAGAUCCUAAAAGUGAUCCAAUCGGGAGUAAUUCUCUUUUGGCCGCGAAAGGGGAAAUUUGGAAGAGUGUCAGAAGCAGUUUAAGCCCCGUUUUCACCACUCGUAAGCUGAAGAACUUCUUCACGCUCAUCUCAGACAGUUGUAAGGGUUUGGAAGCCAAACUGACCAAAGAUAUCCCUGCCAGAGGUUCUGCAGAGAUCAACACCAGGGAAUUGGCGGGAUUUUACACUCUAGAAACGAUCGCAACGAGUGCUUUCGGAGUGACAACUGAAGCCUUAACCAAUCCAAAUAGUGAUUUUGUUCGAAAAAUUCGUGAAAUUGUGAAUCCUUCGAGCUUUAUGCGUGUUCUGGAAUUCGGAGCAUGUUGUUUCUUCCCUGAGCUUGCAAAACUUUUCAAACUGAGAUUCUUGUCAAAGGAAACUGAGGACUUCUUCAGGACAACGAUUUCGGACGUGAUGGCGGAAAGGGUGAAGAGUGGAAUUGUGCGAAAUGACCUGAUCGACAUCUUCAAUGCGAUGAAGAAGAGCCAAAAGGAGGUUUUCCACAACGAUCUUUUACUUGGUCAAGCGGCGACCUUUUUGGUUGCUGGAUUUGAUACGUCAUCAUCAGCGCUGUCCUUCGCUUUGUACGAACUGGCCGGGCAUCAGGAUGUGCAGGAGAAGCUAAGGAGAGAACUAGAAGACUUCAGAGACAGUGGGAAAGAGAUGAAUAUUGAAAAUUUUAACAAUUUACAGUAUCUUCACAUGGUUUUCCAAGAAACCCUUCGACUCUACCCAAGUUCACCUGCCUUGACGAGGGUUUACGAGCCAACAAACGGGUCGAAUUCCUAUUCGUUGCCACCUCCUUAUAACUUCUCCAUUCCUCAAGGCACGGUGAUCUAUAUUCCGGCCAUCGCCAUUCAGAGAGAUCCAAACUUCUUCCCGGAACCGCUUUCUUUCCGUCCGGAGCGCUUCGCCGCCAACGCCGAACCUCCAAUUGAUCCAUGGCACUUUCUAAGCUUCGGCCAAGGACCUAGAAAUUGCAUAGGACUCCGCUUUGCAGCGUUGCAAGUGAAGAUGGGAUUACUUACAAUCUUGCUUAAGUAUCGCGUAUCUUUCUGCAAAAGAACUCCCAAACAGAUAAGGUUCAAGAGGAUGACAUUUCUUCUGUAUCCAGAAGAUCCCAUCUUUCUCACAUUCCAAGAAAUUUGA